AUGUCUUCAAAUUCCAGUAGCAGCUCCUUCACGGGUGCAGGAAUGGGACCCGAGGAGCGUUCAAUAUCUUCAAUGCAGAGGGUAGCCAGGAAGAUCCUUUCUUUGAAUCAGCCAUCCGAGUGUAAUACGUACGCAGACAUUGAUGCAGUAUAUAAAUGCCUAAAGGAGCAGUAUGGUGUCACAGAUGAACAGCUAAUACUGUAUGGUCAAUCUGUUGGCAGCGGCCCGACUGUUGAUCUUGCAUCACGGGCACCCAAUUUAAGAGCUGUUGUUUUACAUGGUCCAAUAUUGUCUGGUCUAAGAGUAUUGUACCCUGUCAAACGCACAUAUUGGUUUGACAUUUAUAAGAAUGUCGACAAAAUUAGUAUGGUGAAUUGUGCUGUUCUAGUCAUUCAUGGAACGGAGGAUGAAGUUGUUGACUGUUCCCAUGGAAAACAACUUUAUGAUCUAUGCAAGGAGAAGUAUGAACCGUUGUGGAUAGCUGGAGGUGGGCAUUGCAAUCUUGAGCUUUACCCAGUGUACAUCAAACAUCUAAAAAAGUUUGUUCUUGGUCUCGGCAAAUCAAAGCCAGCCACUGAUGGUUCUCAUAAAACAUCUUUAGAGUCUGAUAACAAGAGCAAACCUCCUGAAAUUAGUGCAGCCACGAACACAUUCGGUCUGCAAUCUGACCUUCCAGAAAUUUCCAGGAACAGUUUGGAUAGUCGACUUGAUAAGACAAAGAAGUCAAACAAACCUGAGAAGUCACGGAUGAGCACAGAUCGUAUAAACAAGUUUAAGAGAAGAAAGGGAUUGGUGUGGUGAUAGCUUUUGCAGAGAGGGUAAUCACAUUAUUUUAUAUUUUAUUUUAUAAAAUGUUGGACGAGUGUCAUAGAUACUGAGAAUUCUUAUAGCUGACCCCACCUUGCUUGAUUGAUGCACAAUUGUUGUUGCUAUUGGGCACCACGUUAGUAGGAACAUGAUACUCUAAUGGAUCAGCUCCAACUCCAAAUACUAUGUUGAGUUUGAUUAUAGUUGUAAAUAAUUUCAUCCGCAUCGUUCUGGAGGUGAAGUUGUGAAAGAAAAAUGUAUUCUGCA